AUGCAAUACCUCGCCAGCAUCCUCCUCCUCGCCGCCACGGCCCUAGCCCUCCCCAACCCUCUCCCCGACGCCGCAGCCGAGGCGGCAACGACCGGCGCCGCCAAACCACCCACCAACACCACCAUCACUUUCUAUACCGGCGGCUCAUCCAACAAGUGCGGCGACGGUGCCUACAACAUCGGCUCCGGCAACCUCACCGCUGGCGAAUGCAAGAACUUCUUCACCACGGGCGUCAGCAUCCCCUACGAUGCCAACUUCGCCUGCACUUUCACCCUGUGGCAGGGCUCGACGAGCUGUGGCCAGGGCUCGACGGGCAAGGUCGUGACGAAGAUCCCCAAGGGUACCUCCGGGAGCGCAUGUAUCGACACCGGCGUGGUCGACGGUGGGAAGUGGUACCAUGGCAGUGGGAUUUGGAAGUGCGCGUAA